AUGGUGAUGAUGAUGAUGAUGGUGGUGAUGAUGAUGAUGGUGAUGAUGAUGAUGAUGUUGGUGGUGAUAAUAAUGACGAUGAUGGUGGUUGAUGAUGGUGGUGAUGGUGAUGCUCUUGGUGAUGACACAUUCAAAGUCCUGGUGGGAACAGUGAGCUUGGAUUAACACAAAACAUUACAAAAGAUGCAGAAUGGGAGAGGAUUUUCAAGAAUGUACAGUAUUUCAGUUGUCUCUGUCACGCAUACAAAUGAAUGAACAUUUCCUUUUUUUUUUUACACCUCUGUGAAUCCUUUCGGCCUAAGGAGCCGAAGUCUCUAGGCACAGAAAGUAAAUGAAUCACCAGACGAAUAGCCAAAAAAAGUGUCUAUCACAAAGGUCAGUCUUCAAAAUGUGUGUUUUGUUCUUUUUGAAAGACUCAAACCACAAAAGAUGUGACAUUAAAAAGAUGCUGACAUUUACAGUAAGAGAAUGACUGGAGAGACCCACCUGACAGUUACUAGCCAACAUGAUGCUCGUUAUCCUGUGAAUCACAGCAGAUCUGAGAUCCUGCCUUGUCCUGUGAUCCUACAAAUGUACUGUAUACUAUAUGUUGUAUUGUUAUUUUUACGAUCAUGGUAAGAGUUAUUUUAAUAUUUACUUACAUGUACAAUUAACCUAGUAUUUUGUGACGAUGCCGGCUCAAGCCCAUCGUCCCUUAGAAAUCAGGCCUAUCGCUUAUGCAUUCCCCAAAUAAUGUAUUAUCUUGCGCUGUCGUGUCAAGAAAACCAUAAUUUUUUGUAAUGUUACUCUGCUGUCCAACUGUGUGCUACAAAAACAAAACCCUAACUAGGCUUCCUGGUUGGUCAUUCUUAACAACUUAGAAUUGCAUGUUUAAAGUUGGUUUGCUCUGUGAAAUAAAACAUUCAGCCAAUCUCAAGGCCUUGUAUUAUCUACAAAAUGUCCUCUGAUUUCGUCAAAAUGCAAUAUGUUUUUUUUUUUUACAAUAUAAACCCUGCCACAAAACAAUAUUAAUUUUGAAAUGUGUCCAGAAAAUUACAGCACCUCCUAACUCAUCACACUCGAGCAAUCAUUAAUUUUCACCCUAGCGUGUAGCUCUGUGGGGUUUCUGCAACCCCUUUGGAGGGUGAAGAAUCAAACAACCCCACACACCUGCUACACCACCAAAUCAAUUCCAACCAGACAAAACUGGUAUUCUCCCUAUUCUCCUGUGGUAUUAUUCUAAUAAGGAGAGUCAGCGUGGCCCUGGAACCCUGGUGUAAUUUUAGUUGUAUUUGAUCUCAAACAUUUAUUCUCCUUUCUCCACAGAUCUGACAUUCUCCUGGAUUUUUAAUGAGUAUCCCUCGUUUGUGAAGCAGGACACACGACGCUUUAUCUCCCAGGAGACGGGGAAUCUAUACAUUGCUAAAGUGGAGCCUUCUGAUGUGGGCAACUACACCUGUGUGGUGACCAAUACUGUCACCAAAACCAGAGUCCAGGGCCCGCCCACGCCUCUGGUGCUGCGCAGUGAUGGUGAGAUCCAGUUCUAUGACAACCACUUACAACCUAUCAAAACAGUAUAUUCCUAUUUCAUAUGUUCAUUUCCUGGCUGCUGUGCUGUGUAAUGUGUACAAUACUAUCACAUUAGAAUAGUGUCAUUUGUUCACAAUCAGUAGAUGAAAUGUCAGUAAUAUUAAAAUACACUAAUCUACCAUGAAUAGAUAAUACAGUCGUGGUCAAAAGUUUUGAGAAUGAAACAAAUAAUAAUUUUCACAAAGUCUGCUGCCUCAGUUUUAUGAUGGCAAUUUGCAUAUACUCCAGAAUGUCAUGAAGAGUGAUCAGAUGAAUUGCAAUUCAUUGCAAAGUCCCUCUUUGCCAUGAAAAUGAACUUAAUCCCCAAAAAACAUUUCCACUGCAUUUCAGCCCUGCCACAAAAGGACCAGCUGACAUCAUGUCAGUGAUUCUCUCGUUAACACAGGUGAGAGUGUUGACGAGGACAAGGCUGGAGAUCACUCUGUCAUGCUGAUUGAGUUAGAAUAACAGACUGGAAGCUUUAAAAGGAGGGUGGUGCUUGAAAUCAUUGUUCUUCCUAUGUUAACCAUGGUUACCUGCAAGGAAACACGUGCCGUCAUCAUUGCUUUGCACAAAAAGGGCUUCACAGGCAAGGAUAUUGCUGCUAGUAAGAUUGCACCUAAAUCAACCAUUUAUCGGAUCAUCAAGAACUUCAAGGAGAGAGGUUCAAUUGUUGUGAAGAAGGCGUCAGGGUGCCCAAGAAAGUCCAGCAAGCGCCAGGACCAUCUCCUAAAGUUGAUUCAGCUGCGGGAUCGGUGCACCACCAGUGCAGAGCUUGCUCAGGAAUGGCAGCAGGCAGGUGUGAGUGCAUCUGCACGCACAGUGAGGCAAAGACUUUUGGAGGAUGGCCUGGUGUCAAGAAGGGCAGCAAAGAAGCCACUUCUCUCCAGGAAAAACAUCAGGGACAGACUGAUAUUCUGCAAAAGGUACAGGGAUUGGAUUGCUGAGGACUGGGGUAAAGUCAUUUUCUCUGAUGAAUCCCCUUUCCGAUUGUUUGGGGCAUCCGGAAAACACCUUGUCCGGAGAAGACAAGGUGAGCGCUACCAUCAGUCCUGUGUCAUGCCAACAGUAAAGCAUCCUGAGACCAUUCAUGUGUGGGGUUGCUUCUCAGCCAAGGGAGUGGGCUCACUCACAAUUUUGCCUAAGAACACAGCCAUGAAUAAAGAAUGGUACCAACACAUCCUCCGAGAGCAACUUCUCCCAACCAUCCAAGAACAGUUUGGUGACGACCAAUGCCUUUUCCAGCAUGAUGGAGCACCUUGCCAUAAGGCAAAAGUGAUAACUAAGUGGCUCGGGGAACAAAACAUCGACAUUUUGGGUCCAUGGCCAGGAAACUCCCCAGACCUUAAUCCCAUUGAGAACUUGUGGUCGAUCCUCAAGAGGCGGGUGGACAAACAAAAACCCACAAAUUCUGACAAGCUCCAAGCAUUGAUUAUGCAAGAAUAGGCUGCCAUCAGUCAGGAUGUGGCCCAGAAGUUAUUUGACAGCAUGCCAGGGCGGAUUGCACAGGUCUUGAAAAAGAAGGGUCAACACUGCAAAUAUUUACUCUUUGCAUAAACUUAAUGUAAUUGUCAAUAAAAGCCUUUGACACUUAUGGAAUGCUUGUAAUUAUACUUCAGUAUACCAUAGUAACAUCUGACAAAAAUAUCUCAUAACACUGAAGCAGCGAACUUUGUGAAGACCAAUACUUGUGUCAUUCUCAAAACUUUUGACCACGACUAUACAUAUCAGAAUCAUUUUAUCCCUGCGUAGUGUUAAAACUGGUUGAGUAGUGUAGUGGUUGGGCAAAAACUGGUUGAAUCAAUGUUGUUUCCACGUCAUUUCAACUAAAAAAUUCAAUGUGAUGACGUUUUAUCAACAUGGUAAACUGUUUGGAUUUGCAAAAUACAACAGGUGUAGACCUAACAGUGAAAUGCUUACUUACAAGACCUAACCAACAAUGCAGUUUUAAGAGAAAUAAGUGUUAGGUAAACGAUAGAUAAGUAAACAAUAGAUAAGUAAAAAAUAAAAGCAGUAAAAUAACAGUAAAAAUAACAGUAGCGAGGCAAUAUACAGGGGGUACCGGUACAGAGUCAAUGUGUGGGGGCACCGGUUGGUCGAGGUAAUUGCGGUAAUAUGUACAUGAAGGUAUAGUUAAAGUGACUAUGCAUAGAUAGUAAACGGAUAGAAGCAGCAGCGUAAAAGAGGGGUGGGGGUGGGGGGGGAUUACGACGACACAAUGCAAAUAGUCCGGGUAGCCAUUUGAUUACCUGUUCAGGAGUCUUAUGGCUUGGGGGUAGAAGCUGUUUUGAAGCCUUUUGGACCUAGACUUGGUACCGCUUGCCGUGCUGUAGCAGAGAGAACAGUCUAUGACUAGGGUGGCUGUAGUCUUUGACAAUUUAUAGAGCCUUCCUCUGACACCACCUGGUAUAGAGGUCUUGGAUGGCAGAAAGCUUGGCCCCAGUGAUGUACUGGGCCGUACGCACUACCUUCUGUAGUGCCUUGCGGUCGGAGGCCGAGCAGUUGCCAUACCAGGCAGUGAUGCAACCAGUCAGGAUGCUCUCGAUGGUGCAGCUGUAUAACUUUUUGAGGAUCUGCGGACCCAUACCUAAUCUUUUCAGUCUCCUGAUGGGGAAUAGGCUUUGUCGUGCCCUCUUCACAACUGUCUUGGUGUGUUUGGACCAUGAUAGUUUGUUGGUGAUGUGGACACCAAGGAACUUGAAGCUCUCAACCUGCUCCACUACAGCCCCAUCAAUGAGAAUGGGGGCGUGCUCGGUCCUCUUCUUUUUCCUGUAAUCCACAAUCAUCUCCUUUGUCUUGAUCACGCUGAGGGAGAGGUUGUUAUCCUGGCACCACACAGCCAGGUCUCUGACCUCCUCCCUAUAGACUGUUUCAUCAUUGUCAGUGAUCAGGCCUUCCACUGUUGUGUUGUCGGCAAACUUAAUGAUGGUGUUGGAGUCGUACCUGGCCAUGCAGUCAUGUGUGAACAGGGAGUACAUGAGGGGACUGAGCACGCACCCCUGAGGGGCCCCCAUGUUGAGGAUCAGCGUGGCAGAUGUGUUGAUACCUACCCUUACCACCUGGGGGCGGCCCGUCAGGAAGUCCAGGAUCCAGUUGCAGAGGGAGGUGUUUAGUCCCAAGGUCCUUAGCUUAGUGAUGAGCUUUGAGGGCACUAAGGUGUUGAAUGCGGCGCUGUAGUCAAUGAAUAGCAUUCUCACGUAGGUGUUCCUUUUGUCCAGGUGGGAAAGGGCAGUGUGGAGUGUAAUAGGGAUUGCAUCAUCUGUGGAUCUGUUUGUGUGGUAUGCAAAUUGGAGUGGGUCUAGGGUUUCUGGGAUAAUGGUGUUGAUAUGAGCCAUGACCAGCCUUUCAAAGCACUUCAUGGCUACAGACGUGAGUGCUACAGGUCUGUAGUCAUUUAGGCAGGUUACCUUAGUGUUCUUUGGCACAGGGACUAUGGUGGUCUGAUUGAAACAUGUUGGUAUUACAGACUCAGUCAGGGACAUGUCAGUGAAGACACUUGCAACUUGGUCAGCGCAUGCUCGGAGUACACGUCCUGGUAAUCUGUCUGGUCCUGCGGCCUUGUGAAUGUUGACCUGUUUCAAGGUUUUACUCACAUCGGCUACGGAGAGCGUGAUCACACAGUUGUCCGGAACAGCUGAUGCUCUCAUGCAUGCCUCAGUGUUGCUUGCCUCGAAGCGAGCAUAGAAGUGAUUUAGCUCGUCUGGUAGGCUCGUGUCACUGGGCAGCUCGCAGCUGUGCUUCCCUUUGUAGUCUGUAAUAGUUUGCAAGCCCUGCCACAUCCGACGAGCGUCGGAGCCGGUGUAGUACGAUUCAUCCUUAGUCCUGUAUUGACGCUUUGCCUGUUUGAUGUUUCGUCUGAGGGCAUAGCGGGAUUUCUUAUAAGCGUCCGGGUUAGAGUUCUGUUCCUUGAAAGCGGCAGCUCUACCCUUUAGCUCAGUGCGGAUUUUGCCUGUAAUCCAUGGCUUCUGGUUGGGGUAUGUACGUACGGUCACUGUGGGCACGACGUCAUCGAUGCACUUAUUGAUGAAGCCAGUGACUGAUGUGGUGUACUCCUCAAUGCCAUCGGAAGAAUCCCGGAACAUAUUCCAUAUUUUUGCAUAUUUCUUCACCCAAAUUUUUAUCUACAUCCAAUGGCAUUGUGACAUUUUCUGUUGAUUUCACGCUGAAUUUACGUUAGUUGACAACUCAACCAAAUGUAAAUAAAAACUAGACGUUGAACUGACGUCUGCGCCCAGUGGGAUGUUUCACAAUCAGUAGAUGAAAUGUCAAGUAUAUUAAACUACACUACUCUACCAUGAAUAAAUCAUACAUACAGUAUAUGAAUAAUUGUAUCCCUGCAUAGAAUACAUUAGUUAGAUCACCCAGACAAAUUACCUUUCCACUGGAGAGCCUUUGAUGAGGCCAGCCUCAAGCACCACUGUGAUGAGUGUGAUAGAAGGAGUCAGGCGCAGGACGGUAAUCACCGAAUGCAGAGUUUAUUCCGUCGUACACAAAUAGCGCUGGAUAGCGACAAACGAAACAGGCACAGGGUAAAAUCUACCCUGGCAAUACAAGGUAACGGUAGCUCCAACAAUAACAGGCACAGGGGAAAUAUCUACCCCGGCAAUAACAAGGUACGAGUAGCUCCACCGAGCUACACUACUCUCACGAAUAAACAAUCACCCACAAGGACCAAGCGGGCAGAGGGAACACUUAUACACAGACUAAUGAGGGGAUAAGAACCAGGUGUGUGUAAUUAACAAGACAAGACAAAUGGAAUGAUGAUAUAUGGAGCGGCAGUGGCUAGUAAGCCGGUGACGAUGAACGCCGAAGCCUGCCCGAACAUGGAGGGGAGGCAGCCUCGGCGGAAGUUGUGACAGUACCCUCCCACCCCCCUUGACGCGCAGCUCCAGCAGCGCGCUGACCCCGGCCUCAGGAACGGCCAGGAGGACGCGGAGCAGGGCGAGCCGGAUGGCGACGGUGGAAAUCCCGCAACAGGGAGGGAUCGAGGUUAUCCCUCACCGGGACCCAGAACCGUUCCUCCGGACCGUACCCCUCCCACUCCACGAGGUACUGAAGGCCCCCCACCCGACGCCUCGAAUCCAGGAUGGAACGGACAGAGUACGCCGGGGCCCCCUCGAUGUCCAGAGGAGGUGGAGGAACCUUGCGCACCUCAGAUUCCUGGAGCGGACCAACCACCACUGGCCUGAUGAGAAACACAUGAAAUGAGGGGUUAAUACGGUAAUCAGGGGGAAGUAAUAACCUAUAAGUGACCUCGUUGAUUCUCCUCAGGACUUUGAACGGCCCCACAAACCGCGGGCUCAGCUUCCGGCAGGGCAGGCAGAGGGGCAGAUUCCGGGUCGAGAGCCAGACCCGAUCCCCCGGUACGACGACCGGGGCCUCACUGUGGUGGCGGUCAGCGUUGGCCUUCUGACGAUGCACGGCGCGCUGGAGGUGAACGUGGGACUCCGCAGUUUGCAGGGCCGUGGGGAGACCGGGCAGAGGAAGGAGGUGGCAGACUUGGAAAAGCGGUCCACAACGACCAGGAUGUUGGUGUUACCUUGGGAGAGGGGAAGAUCAGUCAAUAAUAUCAACACUUAGGUGAUACCAUGGUCGUUGUGGAACUGGUAAAGGUUGUAACUUAACCGCUGGGAGGUGCCUAGGUGCCUUACUCUGGGUGCACACCGAGCAGGAGGAGACAUACACCCUCAUGUCCUUAGACAAGGUAGCCACCAGUACUUUCUGGUCAGGCAGCGCACUGUACGACCGAUACCUGGGUGACCAGAGGAGGGUGACAUGUGUGCCCAGUAGAUCAGACGAUCACGGAUAAGAGCAGGCACAUACCGCAGCCCAGCUGGACACUGAGGUGGAGAUGGAUCUGUGCGUAAUGCCUGCUCUAUAUCCGCGUCCAUCGCUCAUACUACCGGCGCCACACUGCAGGAGGCCGGGAGUAUGGGGGUGUUGUCUCUGGGCCUCUCCUCUGUGUCAUAGAGCUGGGACAGUGCAUCUGCCUUCACGUUCUUCGUACCCGGAAUGUAUGACAGUGUAAAAUCAAACCGGGUGAAGAAUAGGGCCCACCUGGCCUGGCGAGGAUUUAGCCUCCUUGCUUCCAGGAUAUACUCCAGGUUACGGUGGUCCAUCCAGACGAGGAAAGGGUGUUUCGCCCCUUCGAGCCAAUGCCUCCACACGGUCAAAGCUCGGACAACAGCCAACAGCUCCCGAUCACCAACGUCGUAGUUCUGCUCCGCCGGGCUGAGCUUCUUUGAGAAAAGGCACAGGGGCAGCGCUUUGGUGGCGUGCCCGAGCGCUGAGACAGGACAGCGCCUAUCCCUACCUCGGACACAUCCACCUCCACUACGAACGGUAGUGAUGGAUCGAGGUGGGCCAGUACCGGGGCUGAGGUGAACAGACCCCGCAGUUUGCUGAAGGCCAGGUCAGCCUCAGCAGACCAGCGGAGCCGGGACGGCCCACCCUUCAACAGGGAUGUAAUGGGAGCUGCGACCUUACCAAAGCCCCGGAUAAACCUCCGAUAGUAGUUGGCGAAGCCAAGGAAGCGCUGCACCUCCUUAACCGUGGUUGGAGUCAGCCAAUUACGCAUGGCUGAAAUGUGAUCUCCCUCCAUCUCCACACCUGAGGUGGUAAAGUGGUAUCCGAGGAAGGAGACGGACUGCUGGAAAAAAACAUACAGUUCUCUGCCUUGGCAUAAAGGUAAUUUUCCAACAGUCGGGCAAGCACUUUGCGAACCAGGGACACAUGCUCGGCGCACGUAACAGAAUACACCAGGAUGUCAUCAAUGUAGACCACCACACCGCGACCAAACAUGUCCCGAAACACCUCAUUCACAAAGGACUGGAAGCAUUCAUCAAACCGUAGGACAUCACUAGGUAUUCAUAAUGCCCCGUGGUUGUUCUGAAUGCUGUCUUCCACUCAUCCCCCUCCCGAACACGCACCAGGUUGUAUGCACUACUGAGAUCUAAUUUGGUGAAUAAGCGCGCCCCAUGCAUUGACUCAAUCACUGAAGGAAUGAGGGGGGAUAGGAUAACUAAAUCUUAUAGUCUCCUUGUUCAGUGAUCGAUAAUCAAUGCACGGGCGCAGACCACCGUCUUUCCUCUUCACAAAGAAGAAACUCGAGGAGGCGGGUGAAGUGGAGGGACGUAUAUACCCCUGGCCCAGGGACUCGGUGACGUAUGUUUCCAUAGCCUCCGUUUCAGCCUGCGACAGGGGGUACACAUGACUCCUGACACGCAAUCCCCCGCCCGAUGAGGUGGUAAUUUUGUCGCCUGUGUCUUAGAAAAUGUGUGCGCCAGAUCAUGGUAUUCGGGGGGAAUGCGCACGGUGGAGGUACCGUCUGGACUUUCCACCGUGGUUGCACCAACGGAAACACCUAGACACCUACCCUGACACUCGCGACCACCCUGUGAGAACCCUCUGUGGCCAUGAGAAGGUGAGGUUGUGGAGUGCUAGCCAAGGGAUACCUAAUACCACAGGGAAAGCAGGAGACUCAAUAAUCAAAAAAGUUACCUGCUCACAAUGAGUCUCCUGGGUGAUCAUGGUGACUGGUACAGUGACUUCCUUUACAGACCCGGACCCUAAUGGUCGACUAUCAAGUGCUCUGAUGGGGAGUGGAAUGGAUAGGGGAACCAAUGAAAUGCCUUGACGGCAUGAGAAUGCCCUGUCCAUAAAGUUCUCAGCUGUGCCUGAAUCGACUAGCGCCUUACACUGGGGAACUACCAUGUGAUCGGGAAAGUUGAUAGGUAGGGUACAGUGUGCAGCAGAGGGCUCUGAACAAGUGUGGGUGUUCGAUACCUGGGGUGAUGCGAGAGUGCCCUGCCUGCCGCCUCCAGGCCCAAAAGAGCGUUGACUACGACGUUUGGUGUACUGUCCCUUUGUGCCACCAGAGUUGCACUGUCGCUGUCGUCCUCCGCUCUCUCGGAUGGCGGCUCCACCCAGCUCCAUCAGCUCGGGAUCCGAGUCGCCCGGGGUGGAAACGGGCAGACCCCUACCAGGACGUCCUCUGGCUGCCAGCAGGUUGCCCAAAUGGAUGGCCAUGUCCACCAGUUUCGUGAAAGACAACAUGGUGUCCCGGCAGGCUAGCAACCGUCGGACGUCCUCCCGCAGAUGGCACCGGAAAUGGUCGAUCAGGGCCCGCUCGUUCCACCCGGAACCCGCUGUCAGAGUCCAAAACUCCAACGCAAAGUCCUGCGUGGUCCUCGUCCCCUGCCUCAGGUGGACUAGCCGCUCGCCCGCAUCUCAACCCUCGGGCGGGUGAUAGAGGCGAGCGAACUCCCCGUAGUCCUCCAACGCGGCUCCUCCUCCGUUCCAAACCACAUUGGCCCACUCCAGGGCUUUCCCUGAGAGGCAGGAAACGAGGACGGACACCUUCUCCCGCUCCGAUGGCGCCGGCCUGAUGCUGGAGAAGUAAAGCUCCAGUUGGAGGAGGAAUCCUUGGCAGAGCGCCGCCGUCCCGUCUAACGCCCGUGGUCAGGAUAUCUGGAUCCCUCCGGGUGCUGGGGUGUAGGUGGCUGGAUCCGGUUGGCCAGCUGGUCUCGACAGUUCGUGUCCUCUCCUCUCCAGGCAUUGGACGACCUGAAGAACCCGAUCCAUCGCUUCCCCCAAGCUGGCCAGCAUCGUGGAAUGCUCCUGGACCCGUGCCACAACACCAGGCAUGCACUCUUCUCCUGCUGACUCCAUAGCGGGUGGGUGAUUCUGUGAUGAGUGUGAUAGAAGGAGUCAGGCGCUGGAGGGUAGUCACCGAAUGUAGAAUUUAUUCCGUCGUACACAAAUAGCGCUGGAAAGUGACAAACGAAACAGGCACAGGGGAAAAUCUACCCUGGCAAUACAAGGUAACCGUAGCUCCAACAAUAACAGGCACAGGGGAAAAUCUACCCCGGCAAUAACAAGGUACGAGUAGCUCCACCGAGCUACACUACUCUCACGAAUAAACAAUCACCCACAAGGACAAAGGGGACAGAGGGAACACUUAUACAUGGACUAAUGAGGGGAUAAGAACCAGGUGUGUGUAAUGAACAAGACAAGACAAAUGGAAUGAUGAUAUAUGGAGCCCCAGUGGCUAGUAAGCCGGUGACGACGAACGCUGAAGCCUGCCCGAACAAGGAGGGGAGGCAGCCUCGGCGGAAGUCGUGACAACCACAACCAUUGGCUAGUGGACUAUCUUACAUUUGCAAAGAAACAGCUAAUUAACCUUUGGAUUUCAUUUGUAUUCCUUAAAAUCACUUGCCCUACUUUUCUUUUUCCUUCAACAAGUUUGUUUAUUUCUUCUUCUUGCAUGGCCUUGAGCAGAUUUUUUAAUCCAACUGUUUAGACCUCAAUCUGAAACCAGAAGAGUCCUUUUAACAUGAACAAAUAUCAGUUAUAUUUUUCUAAUGGUUAUAUCUAGCAAAUAUGUCAGGCACAAGUACAUGUAGCGGACAUGAGUCGGUCAUGGUCACGGGAUGAGGUAGCCCCGCCUGCAAACUUCAAAACCAGCGUCUGCCCUCUGCCCAUGAGGGAAUUUCCUCUUGGUCUAAUGGUCUAAUACGUUGGUUGUUCCUGUGGGAGUCCCUCGUUCAUAACCCAGGUGUUACAUUCAGUAUGAUAGCAUGAAAACUACUACUACUAAUUAUUCAUGCCUCUUAGAUAUGAUCAUGAGUAAAUGAAGCCUCCCUAUUGAAUAUGGUCCUUAAGACAACUGUAAUUGGUUGAAUCAGGGGAAACAUUUAUGUGUAGUCAGCCUACCUAUCAUUAAAUAAUGCCAAGGACAGUAUAGUAGAAUAUUACAGUACAUUACACUGACUGUGUCUAAGCAGUCAGGUGGGAAUUGUUUAGAUAAAACACUGCAGAAACAGUAGCAUUUGAGGGUUAUGUUUCAAAUGCAGGACACUGAAUCUCUGCUUGUCAGGAAUCACUGCUUCUAGUGCAUACUAUUUUUUUUAGGAUGCAGCAUGAGAAGGUAUCUGUUUUCUUUUAACCAACUUACCAAACCUACUGGUGUGACAAUGAGACAUCAACAAUGAACCCUCCAGUCACACAGGGCACAUUAGCUUCUGUCACCUCCUGAAGGUUAUGGUAUGAGACAGUGUUGUAGAACUCGAGUCCAGGACUCGGACUUGACUCGGACUCAAGUCACAAUUUGCAUGACUUGUGACUCGACUCGGACUCAACCAGUCAUGACUUGGACUUGGACUCGACCAGUAGUGUUGUCAGAAAGUCUCUCUCCCUUGCAUUAUUCAACAUGAUAGCUACAACAGCAAACAUCAGAUAGCUACUGUAUUAGCUAUGAAGGGUUCUGGCUAGAACACUCUAUGAAGGGUUUUACCAAGAACCCUUUUAUCCUCUAAAGCAGGGUUCCCCAACUGGUGGCCCGCGUGCCGAAUUUGGCCCGCGUGUAAUUUUUUAUAUCUGUUCCAAGGUAUUUACAUGCAUAAUAGGGAUAUACAGUGCCUUCAGAAAGUAUUCACAUCUCUUACAUUUUUCCACAUUUUGUUUUGUUACAAAGUGGAAUUAAAAUGGAUGUAAUUAUAUAAUUUUAAAGCAGUGAUCUACACAAAAUACUCUAUAAUGUUAAAAUGGAAGAAAAAUUUAACAUUUGUAAAAACACUAAUAUAUCUUGAUUAGAUAAGUAUUCAACCCCCUGAGUCAAUACUUUAUAGAAGCACCUUUGGCAGCGAUUACAGCUGUGAGUCUCUAGGGCUUUCCACACCUGGAUUGUGAAAUAUUUGCCCAUUAUUCUUUUCAAAAUUCUUCAAGCUCUGUCAAAUUGGUUGUUGAUCAUUGCUAGACAACCAUUUUUAGGUCUUGCCAUUGAUUUUCAAGCAGAUUUAAGUCGAAACUAUAACUCGGCCACUCAGGAACAAUCACUGUCUUCUUGGUAAGCAACUCCAGUGUAGAUUUGGUCUUGUGUUUUAGGUUAUUGUCCUGCUGAAAGGUGAAUUCAUCUCCCAGUAAGGGAAUUUAUUUCAACCAACUUCUAACCUAAAUACAAUGACAUGGUGAUUUUAUUUAUUUAUUUCAUGUUGAAUUCAGGUUAGUUGACAACUCAACCAAAUUGAAAUCAAAACUAGAUGUUGAACUGACAUCUGUGCCCAUUGGGCUUUGACUUACAAAGAACCCUCGUCUUCCGAAAAGGGUUAUUCAGAUGAAAACGGUUCUUGGUAGAACCCAAUUCCUCCACAAAGAACCCUUUUGGAGAAAAAAAAUUCUAAUAGUGUAGGGACUUGGUACUCGACUCGGACUCAAGGUUUAGUGACUUGACUACAUCACUGAUUAGAGCCUCGUCCAGCUGUCUCAUUUACCCAUGGCUGAUAGGGCCUCGGCUACCUGGCUGUAUUAGACAAUGGAGAUACAGAUCUGAAUGAGCUUUCACGGUCAGUCAGGGAACCAUCCAGAUAACACAUGCCUCACAAAAUCAAGGAGAUGAAAUUGGCUUGUUUCUCCCAUUUCAAGAGCCCAUUUGGGCUGAGAAACCUCUGGAAAUGUGAUAGAGAAUUGCAGAUAAUGAAUACCAGCAACAAUGAGAACCUGUUAUUGGUGUUCCAAAAUAACCACUUCUCAGGUAUAUGAUUGUAAUCGCUUAAAGGACAUAUGUAGGAAACGACAUAUCAGCAGUUAUCUGUGUUGUUGUUUUUUGCUUUCUUAUAAUUGGUCGUGAAUUUCUCUCCUCAGGUAUAAUGGGUGAAUACGAGCCGAAGAUCGAAGUUCAGUUUCCAGAGAUUGUCCAUGUAGCCAAAGGAUUGACAGUGAAACUGGAAUGUUUUGCAUUAGGAAAGUAAGUAUGCUCUGGGCUUGGUUAAACAGGCACACAAAUACAUGAAAAGCAAAAGGUUAUUAACAAACAGCGAGACAUUUUUCAUGUAUCACUGCAUGCCUCCAACCCUCCUCUGGUUGAAGCUGGGCUGGACAUCUGAUAUUUCUGGUAGAGUUGGGACUGAGACUCCUGGUUCACUAGCUGAAUUAUGUAUUACCUACAUGUCUGUUUUUCUGUCUGAUCAACUGAAUUUGGUGAGGUUGUGAUAUUACAAAUGAUUUGUGUUUUUAAUAUGACCACGCUACAAGGUUUCUCUACCUCUCUCCAUUCCUCUUUCCUCCAGCCCUGUCCCCUCUAUAAACUGGAAUAGAGUGGAUGGAAUCCCCUUUUCUAGGAAGGUGGACGUGAGGAAAGCCAGCGGCGUUCUGGAAAUCCCCUAUUUCCAGCAGGAAGACACGGGCACAUACGAGUGUGUGGCAGAGAACUCCAGGGGGAAGAACACUGUAAAAGGAAAGCUGUCUUUCUACGGUAGGUGA